AUGAAAUUAAAAUCUGGAGAAAGUUUGGAAGGUAGGGAAGCCGAGUACACCUUACAAGAUGACUGUAUAAUGAGUGGUCAGAGGGUAGUUGUUCCGAAAAAACUCCGAGUUAAAAUUCUCGAAGAGUUACACCAAGGACAUUUAGGAAUCGUUAAAAUGAAGGCAAUCGCCAGAUCCUACGUCUUUUGGAAGGGAAUUGAUCAUGAUAUUGAAGAAGUUUCUAGGAACUGUGUCGAUUGUAUUAAGUUCAAAUCAGAUCCAGUAAGGGCAAGGGUCCAUCACUGGGAAUAUCCAAGUGCGCCUUGGGAACGCAUUCACGUAGAUUUUGCAGGCCCUAUUUUUGAACGAAUGUUCUUGAUUAUCAUUGACGCACAUUCUAAAUGGCUAGAAGUGUAUACCUUAAAGUCAGCAAAUUCCUUUCAGACAAUUGAAUGUUUGAGAGACUGUUUUGCAAGAUACGGACUGCCUUUAGUAGUAGUGAGUGACAAUGGUCCUCAGUUCACAUCGGGGGAAUUUGAAACUUUUAUAAGGAAUAAUGGAAUUAAACACAAAACGUGUGCUCCAUUUAAACCGGCAAGUAACGGGCAAGCAGAGCGGUACGUUUACACCGUUAAACAAGCAUUACGUGCAAUGCAAGGUUAUCCAGGAAAUAUUAAGCAAAAACUUGCCAUAUUCCUCAUGAAUUAUAGAAAGGCACCGAACAUGACAACCUUGUUAAGUCCAGCAAUGUUAUUCUUAAAAAGAGAAAUUAGAACUCGAAUUGAUUUAGUUGUUCCAAAUCUUAAACGAAGAGUGGAAGAACGCAUCCGAAGGAAUACUUAUGAUUUCAAAGACAGAAAUUUUGAGAUCGGAGAAAAGGUUGCCAUUCGGGAUUAUAGAUCGGCAAAUUCUCCGAUGGAAAAUUGGCAGAGUGACAAAUAA